GUUGGCGGCCCACUCCCCCCUCCAUUUUCUGCACCUUCUGGGGCUAGGGUUCACCUCUGCGAUACUAAUAAGAAGCUUUGAACCGACCAAGAGAACCCUGCGGCGGUUCUCACGCGGCGGUCCGGCGACGGCGGCGGUCAACGGAGAGAAUCGAUGGCCUCGCCGGAAACUCCCGCACUGUACUCCGGAGUCCACCGGCAGUCCGCCGCCUUCCGCCUCAUGAAGCAAAUGGGAUGGGAAGAGGGUGAUGGGCUUGGCAAAGAUAAGCAAGGGAUUAAAGGAUAUGUUAGAGUAAAAAACAAACAGGAUAAUAAAGGUAUUGGUGUGGAUAACCCUUCUAACAAUUGGGUGUUUGACACCUCUCAAUUUGACAAUAUUCUUAAAAGAUUGAAAGUGCAAAUAGCUGAACCGGAAGAGAAAGGUAUUGUAAUAUUGAAUUGUUGGAUUGAAGCCUUUUUAUUAUCUCCAGUCAUAUUGGGAUUACAUUCAUUUGCAGAAGCUUUGGAAACGAAAGAAGUUUAUGUGAAAUCUGGAAAUGAUAGAUCAGAAGUGAAUCCAGUUCCUAAGGUUACCCGGCCACAGGGAAGGUAUAAGAAAAGAGAGAGCGGGAAGAUUGUGAAUGCAUAUUCAGAAAAGGAUCUUCAAGGAAUUCUUGGAAAUAAAGCUGAAGAAAAUUGCCAGGCAAAAAAAAAUCUAAAUAGUGAACCCACAUCAUUAGAAGCAUCUGAUUCUCUUAUUUUUCAAGAGGAAGUUGUGCAUUCUGGGACAGGCCUCAAAGAUGAAGAUGUGCACUGGUGGGGUCACAAACAUGGGUUUGUUUCAGGAGGUUUUCUUGGAACACAGUUUAUUCCUACUAAAUCCUGCCAAUCAGUAGAUUCUUGGUGUCUUGCUUUAAAUAAGCGGAAAAUGUUUGCCGAGGAAGACCAAGAAAACCUUUAUAAACUUGUUCAGGCUAAAGCUACAUCAGGAAAGCAGGGACUUGGCAUCAAGGAUCGGCCCAGGAAGAUUGCUGGUAGCCAUUGGAAAGGGAAAAAAACAUCAUUUGGUGACAAUGAUGAUGAAAAUUCUGCUGAUUCCAGUUGCUUGACAAAGCGUAAGCGGAGUGAAGAAGUGGAAGAGGGAGUUGAUGUUGAACCUAAGAUUAAGCUAAAAAAGCUGUGCAAACAGCUUCUGCACCAGGCUCCUUCUCGGUCACUGAAAUUGAAGCAGCUUAGAGUACUCGUUGAGGCACAUUCUGGAUCUAUCUUCUCCAACUUUUCUUCGAAGCAUGAUGCUCUUUCAUACUUGAAGGCAAAGUUAGAAGGCAGCAGGACAUUCCGUGUGGAGGGUAAAAAAGUGAGUCUCGCUUCAUGAAAGAGAGAUUUUGCCUAUCAUGAUGAAAAGAUUCUGUAACGAUUUCGCAGAUGAUAAUAUCCAGGGAUAGGGGGCCAGUUCUCGUGAUAUGUGGCACGGAUUGGAAGUCAGGACUCGCAAAGCUUUGGUAGUGAUAGGUUGUAGCAAGAGCCUCUUCGAAAGCAUGACUCAUGCGUAGCUUUUCUCUGCUUUUCUAUAGCGUAUGUUAAUUUCUAGUGGUGCUUCUCUCUUAACAAAGCAUUUUCUUCGGAUUCCUUCAAAAACAAAAAACAAACAUUUUCAUUGGAA